GGCUUCUUUCGACGCACCGCCCUCUCCAACGUGAAGCUCGAAUGUCUGGGAAAACACAACUGUUGUAUAACACCCGCCAACAGGAACAUGUGCAAGAGCUGUCGUUUCCAACGCUGCCUCGCGGUCGGAAUGUCGCAGAAGGUACCUCUGAUGGACAAGAUCGUGGGCGGUUUGAAGUUAGCUGCACGCAUAAGAACUUCCUGCGUGAGCGUCGACGCCAGUGCUGCUCCGGAUACAUCAGCGUCAACUCAUCUGACUAAAGCGCGUUGA